AUGCAACAACCUCCGAUUCCUGGACCAGAGGAUAGUCCUCCUCCUCCUCCUGGGAUAGAUAAUCAAAUUUCACCAACAUUGCCAUCUCUGUUAACGAUGAAAGUUGAUGUACCUCUUGAUGUUAAAAAUCAAGAACUCAAAUUACCACAAGCUUUGGAACAAGCAUUAGCGUUUAAAUCUGAAAGAGCUAAAGAGUUGGGUGUUAGCGGAGAGGAAAAUGAUGAUGAUGAUGAUGAAGAAGAUGAGGUUGAUAAUAAUGAUGAGAAGAAUGUUGCUAAAAAUGAUAAUGAUGAAAGAGUGGAAAAAAAUGAAAACGAUGAUAACCUCAUAACUAACAAUGUUGAAAAUUCUAAUAAUCAAGAAGUCGAAGAAGAGGAAGGAGAUGAAAGAGUUAACUCGGUACAACAGAACAACAAAGAAGUGAAUGAACAACAGGUUCAACAGAAAAAGGAAACCAAAAAUAAGAGAAAGAAAAAAAGGAAAAAAAGAGAUAGACAAUUAGAAAUGGAAAAAAUGGAAAAUAAAAAAAAUGAAGAAAAAAAUCAAAAAGAUAAAGAGAAUGAAGUCGAUGUAGAAGUAGAAUACAUUACAGAAACAUUGGGUUUGAAUGAAUUAGAUCCGAUGUAUAAACAAUUUGCAAAAAUUUUUGAAAUAUUUCGAAUAUCUGACAUUGAUAAAUCAUCUGAUGCCAAAACGGAUUCUGGAACAUCGGAAGAAAGACCAAGAAAAGCUCCAAAAGAUGAUGGAACUGGUGACAUUGACGAAGAAGAAGAUGAUGAGAAAAAAGGUGAAGAUGGAAAACCCAAGCUUUCCAAAAGGAAAUUGAAAAAAUUAACAAGGUUGAGCGUGGCAGAAUUAAAGCAAUUGGUCAACAGACCAGAUGUCGUCGAAAUGCACGACGUAACCGCUAGAGAUCCAAAAUUAUUAGUCCAAUUGAAAGCACAUAGAAACACGGUACCCGUUCCCAGGCAUUGGUGUUUUAAAAGAAAGUAUUUGCAAGGGAAAAGGGGAAUAGAAAAACCGCCGUUCGACCUUCCGGAUUUCAUAAAAAAAACGGGAAUCAUGGAAAUGAGAGCGGCGCUCACGGAAAAAGAAGAUCAAAGAACGUUGAAAGCCAAAAUGAGAGAGAGAGCUCGUCCCAAAUUGGGAAAAAUCGAUAUUGAUUAUCAAAAACUUCACGAUGCCUUUUUCAAGUGGCAGACCAAACCGAAAAUGACCAUUCACGGUGAUUUAUAUUACGAAGGAAAAGAAUUCGAGACGAAAUUAAAAGAGAAAAAACCAGGGGAUCUAACGGACGAAUUAAGAACAGCUUUGGGCAUGCCGGUUGGACCGAGUGCACAUAAGGUUCCGCCGCCUUGGUUGAUUGCCAUGCAGCGUUACGGUCCUCCUCCCUCUUAUCCCAAUUUAAAAAUUCCAGGUUUGAACGCUCCCAUACCCGAAGGUUGUUCUUUCGGGUAUCACGCCGGCGGUUGGGGAAAACCUCCCGUCGACGAAAGUGGCAAACCCCUGUACGGUGACGUUUUCGGAACGCUCGGAACGAUUAUUCCAUCCGAGGGAGAAGACGAAGAAGUGGAUCGCACCAUGUGGGGAGAAUUGGAAUCGGAAUCGGAGGAAAGCGAGGAAGAGGAGGAAGAGGAAGAAGAGGAACAACCGAAAGAAGACGAAACGGGAUUGGUGACGCCGGCGGAAGGAUUGGUCACUCCGUCGGGCAUAACAUCCAUUCCCGCCGGAUUAGAAACACCGGAAAUAAUCGAAUUGAGAAAGAAGAAAAUCGAAAGCGACAUGGAAGGAUCGGAAACGCCGGCAUUAUAUCAAGUCCUUCCCGAGAAACGAGUCGAUAGAAUAGGAGGAGCCAUGAUGGCUUCGACACACGUUUACGAAAUGAAUCCGACGAACGCGACGACGACGACGACGACGACGGGAAGCGGUGCUCCUUUGCCCCCGAGAAGAGCCGGAGGAUCGGGAAUGGUCGAACUCGCUUUGGAUCCAUCAGAAUUAGAUUUGGUCGACACGGAUGCCAUGGCUGUUCGAUACGAACAACAAAUUCGGGAACAACAAUCGCAAUUGCAAAAAGAAGAUUUGUCGGAUAUGGUCGUCGAACACGUGUCGAGACAAAAGAAUAAAAGGAAAAGAGCACAAAUUCAAGAAACAAAACCGACAAAAAAAUAUAAAGAAUUCAGAUUUUAA